UCCCCACCGAGCCAGAUCACUGGCAGCAGUCCCCCAACAUUGUCUACAUUCUGCAUCUCCUCGAGCAGCCAGCAACUCAUGCGUCAUACUGUCGUCCAUACAUACAUACGCACAUACUCGUACAUACAGACGGCUCCGCUUGCUGCUCGCCGGCCAACCGAUUGCGGACGCAGUCCCAGCACAGAUCCCUUCCCCGUUGCAUCAUGGUACGUACGAGUUACGAGCGCCGCCCCGUUCAUUGCCGUCUCGCUUAUCUGCUAAACCGUCAUUUCUUCUCCGUAUUGUCCCAGUCCUUGUCCACUACGU